AGGGACGUUCAGCAGCAGCUGGGAGCUAUUUGACCACGUGACUGGAGAGAUGUUUCUGUCGCUGUAAGCAGCCAUCAUUUCACCCAAUACAAGCCUAUGCUAAAAGACAGAGAGGAGAUAUAGUCAUGAAUUUGCACGGGAAUACCGACUGAAAGAAACAUACUUGAGCCACUCCUUCGCCUAUGGUUUAUUUUCCGGUGAGCUUAACUAGCAGCUGCUUUGACCUGGUUUCCCAGCAGUCACUGGCAUAAAAACAGCAGCCUUGGCCUGCUUAUUUGCGGAGGGGCAUAGGUGAAGGAGUGGACCCUGACUGCCUUCUUUCUGUUAUUUGCUCUCUUUUGUGACGAGGGGGGAGUAAGGUGCUAAUAAGACCACCCAGAGCAUGGGGCAGAAGGUUCCGGGAGGCAUAAAGACUGUGGACAUGCGGGACCCAGCGUUUCGGCCUCUCAAGCUAGAGCUGCAGGCCCUGGACUACACCAAGCCCUCCCGCCUGGAUUUGUUGUUAGACAUGCCAUCAGCCUCACAGGAAGUCCAAGUUCAGCACUCGUGGAACAACGACGACCGGUCAUUAAACAUCUUUGUUAAAGAGGACAAUAAACUCAUAUUUCACCGGCACCCGGUAGCGCAGAGCACAGAUGCUAUCCGGGGCCAAGUGGGAUACACACGGGGACUGCAUGUGUGGGAGAUCAGCUGGGCCAUGCGCCAGCGGGGCACCCAUGCAGUUGUUGGGGUGGCGACGGGUGAAGCCCCGCUGCACUCUGUAGGAUACACUGCACUUGUAGGCAACAAUAACGAGUCCUGGGGCUGGGACCUGGGGCGUAACAAACUCUAUCACGAUGGCAAGAACCAGCCCAGUAGGACAUAUCCAGCUUUUCUUGAGCCUGAUGAAACCUUUAUUGUCCCAGACUCGUUUUUGGUUGUCCUGGACAUGGAUGAGGGGACUUUAAGUUUUAUUGUCGACGGACAGUAUUUAGGGGUUGCUUUCAGAGGACUCAAAGGAAAGAAGCUAUACCCUGUAGUGAGUGCCGUGUGGGGACACUGUGAAAUCCGAAUUCGGUACAUCAAUGGACUUGAUCCUGAACCUCUGCCAUUAAUGGACCUCUGUAGGCGCUCAGUCCGGGUCGCGUUGGGAAGAGAGCGACUGAGUGAAAUCCAUGGACUGCCCUUACCUGCUUCCCUUAAGAACUACUUACUCUACCAAUGUUGAUAUUAGUGCCUUUCCAACCAUUCAAGGCAUAGUGUCCGCCUCUGUUACUCUCUGGGAUUAAUCAUCUUUCUGGCAAGCCUGUUUCAUUACAUCUUCGUUUUGGUUUCGGUGCCAUUCUUGGUCACUGGGUAUGGUACCAACAAUAAUUUUUACAAAUAGGUCUGAGGAUGUAUCAUGCUCGAUACUUUCAGGAUCAUGUGUGUUGUUUUUUCUUGUUACUUCACUCGUAUACUGGAAAUCCAACUGAAGGCUUUUGCCAGAAUCUAAUGGCAGAUACAAAAACAAGAACCUUUUCCUCUCUAAUCAUGGCUUAGUUCCUUUUUAUAAUUUUUUUUUUUUAAUGAAAUGUCGGCAUACAUUUAAGCUUUCUUGUAUCAUGCCAUUAACUUGAGGGUCCAUAUAGCGACUCUUUGCGGGCAAUGCAAAAUACAAUACCUUCUCAAAACCUUUAGGCUUAACAACCAGCAAGUUUUUAUGUUGAUAGACUUUUUUUUUUAUAU